AUGGCAAAAAUUCUUUUAACUUUGUUUGCUCUUGCUCUAAUGUUAGGCCAAACAAAUGGAGUUGUUCAGUGUGAGAAAGAUGUUAUACCCUUGGUAAAACCUUGUUCAGGUUUUGCACUAGGUAAAGAUGCAAAACCUAGUCAAAACUGUUGUGUUGGAUUGCAAAGUUUGGCUAAAAUAGCUGCUGCCUCAGAAUCAGACCGCAAAACUCUUUGCAUUUGCAUCAGUCAUCUAGAGAGAUCUGGCUCUGUGAACAUUGUGAACUAUGCAAAAGCUGUAAAACUUCCUGAUCUAUGUCACUUCAUUACCUUUAUGCCAAUUGAACCUAAUCCUGAUUGCUACAACUAG